AUGGUGAGCAAGGUCGCAGCACCCCAAGCCCAAUACCAGCCAACAGCAUCCAAGUCCGACGACUUUGUGAAAAGUCAUCUAGCUCAAUCUCCAUCUUGUCCCUUCGUUUUGCUUCCUCCAGUGCCAGUGCUCAUCAACUCAGAAUGCUGGGGUCACCGAGGGGCGUCUGCUCGCUUUCCUGAGAAUACAAUGGCCUCAUUUGAGGCUGCAAUAAGGGAUGGUGUGGAUGGCAUCGAGAGCGACGUUCACGUUUCACAAGAUAAUGUUAUUGUUAUGUUUCACGACCCAACGUUGAGUAGAACAACGGAUUAUACUGGAGAGAUCAAGAAUCGCAACUGGUAUGGUCAGGAUGGUAUGGAACACGCCCGAACCAAGAAAGAGCCCAAACAAGCGAUCCCGACUUUCCCCGAAACCCUCGCUCUGCUCAUGAAGCCUGAGAACAUGCAUAUCAUGCUCGAUAUAGAUGUCAAGCCAACGAACGACCCUGAAAAGCUCUUCUCGCUUAUGCACGCGUCUAUCUCUGCCUUUCCUGAAUGGCAAACCACACUUGCACCUCGAAUUCUACUGGGAUUAUGGCAUCCCAAGUUCCUGCGUCCUGCGAAGGCCAUCUUGCCCUAUUGCAAGAGAAGCAGCAUCAGCUUUAGUCUUCGCCUUGCCAGGACACAUCUAUGGGACGAGGUGGAUUGUGUGUCCAUAUGGUUCAACACUCUGAUGACUGCCAAUGGUCUGAGAUUUUACCACGAAGCGAAGCAAUCCGGCAAGAAAGUCAUGGUAUUCACAGUGAAUGAGCCUGCGCACAUGAUCGAGAUGGUCCGUCUGAAAGUCGAUGCAAUUAUCACAGACUAUCCAAAUCGGUACCUAGACUUGCGGUCGGGUCUUGAAAAAAACUAUGAGUCAAUGCUUCUCAGAUUCAAUAGUCCGUGGACUCUGUGGACCACUUGGCAUUUUUACUGGCCUAUCAUCGCCUUUGUUCAAUGGUUAAGUGAAAACACCGAAGUCACGGUUGUGACGAGCAAUCUAAGAGCAUGCUCAAGCUCUCGCGUCGUGGCGCGCAUGUCUUCAUGGUACUCCCGCUGGCUCCCCGGACUUCCUUCUAUUCCCCUCCCCUCCUCGAUCCAACGUAAAGUCUUGUCGUUCAUUCUUCGCAAGUCACUUGGUCACUUGCUGCAACCUGGUCAACUUGACGUCGACCAAAUCGACUCGCAGAUUGGCAGCGGUUAUGUGCAGGUCAAUGAGUUGCAACUGAAUCAUGAUGCUAUCAACGCAUCGUUAGCAGGUCUUCCGGUCGAGUUGACGGCCGGCACCAUUUCCAGCGUUACGACACGCAUACCUUGGCCCAAUCCACUUACCUCCACCAUUGGACUGUCCAUUGACGGCCUUGACUUGACCUUCCAUGUCGCGCAGCCUAAAGAUGCAUCAUCAUUCAGCCAGAAUCUUGCCGAAUCUGUGGUUUCCGUUGCAGACUCAUUCAUCCACGGCGAGCUUACGCCAAGAGAAGAGGCAACUCUGCGCGAGUCAUUUCACCCAGACCUUGCGGGAGACGUGCCAGGUGGUUUGGACCCCUUUCUUUCCACUCCAGAGCAAGAGGAGUUCCACAGCGAUGACGACCCUGCUGGUGUUUCCCUUUUUGCGUCUCUCAUCGAGCGUUUACUUGCCAGAUUCGAGUUUGAUGCAUCAAACACUACCAUUUCCAUUGUGCACGCGGAGCGCGUCUGUUUUACCGCUCAUAUUCCGAAAAUCGAAUAUGCGACCGUGGAGAACACUGACGCGACAUCAACUCGAACGAUAACCAUAUCAGGGUUUUCGCUUACGGCUCACGAUCUUCAUCCAUUCAUGGAAGAACCUGAAGCCAUCGACAGUCGCUCUGUCAACACGACUUCCAGGUCGCGGUCACGUUCUCCUUCUCCUGCUUCGUCUUCUUCAUCUCUGGACGAACAAGCUCAAUUUGCAAUGUCACAAUCUCUCGCUUUUCUGCCGCCGCGCCCUGUUUCUCCUGCAAGCUCCGUUGCCAGUAGCAUGUAUCAGAGCGCCAUAUCUGAAAAUCCGAAUGAACAGGCUGCUUCCGUUCCUGAUACCGCAUCAUCCAGUCCUUCCGGUAAAUCUCCCAGAGCUCGAUCCCUUGAGCCCGAAGUUAUUCUUGCCUUCUCUGGCGAGCCUCUCAAGAUCAGUCUUGCCAUCCCAGAUCGAGCGGGGAACAUGUCAUCGAACCCUCCCGUGGUCAGAGAGGUCGUAAAGCUAACAGUGGAGAUGGGUUCAAUUGGUUGUGCCCUGAGCGCGUGGCACAUACAAGAAGCUAUUGCUUUGUCCACUGCUUUGGUAAAGUCAUUACCCUCCAAUAAUCAUCGACCAUCUAGUUCAGCCGAUACUGGAUCGGGCCCCGUUAUGGCGAUAACCCUAUCGCUACGAAGUAUUGUGCUUUUACUUCUUCCAGCGCCGAUAGAGGGUGCCAUGCCGCAACCUUUAUCAGAAUUCUUCAGUCGACCACUCCUACCUCCCAAGUUGCCCCAAUCAUAUGUACGAGUCCAUCUAGAUGUCAUCCGUGCUUCAGUCUCUCCUCUGCCUUGGACCAUGAUGUUUUCAAUGGGCGAAAUCUCUGCAUUCGUUUUACAAGGACCAGACUCUGCCUCUGCCUCUCCCCUCUUAAUUACUGAUCACGGCCUCAACACUCACUAUUCGACUUCGCAUAUUCACCCGGACUUGACGCCUCAGGCUGAAGAGCCUCACAUUCCCCACUUCACUGUCGUGGAUUGGACAGAUCCAAAACAGCAAAGGGCAGGGAUCAAAGUAUCGCAGUGGAGAAAUAAAGUGCAGGCCCCUCGCAGUAAAGGUCUCCCUGAUCAUCACGCUGUCUCUGGGCCCUCGGUUGCAUUGGACCUCAUCAUGAGGAAGUCGAAUUCGGCCCAGACGCCCUUGGAUAUCGAGGCUAAUCUCCAACCUUUACAUGUAUUUCUGGAUCUCGAUCUUGUUGGCGGUCUGCGUGACUUUGUCGAGGUGGUUGCCAACCAAAUUCCAAUAUCCACUCCGUCGGAUUCCCCAUCCCAUAGUGAAGAGGACACCCCGCCCACCACGCCUCAUCCGAACUAUGGCAACUCUGUGCUGGAAGAUUUGAAUGCUGAUUCCAAGGUAGAAACUUCAAACAGAAUCAACAUUAAACUCCAGAUGCUGCGGAUCCAAUUGCGCUGCCCUCCCCCUCCCGACAAAGACGUUCGCUCGGGAGCUCUGGUUGUUGAUUUUCACGAUGUUCAUGCUACGGCAGAUUCCGGAUCAAAGAAACCAGUCGUCCGAUUUGUUCCGACAGAGCCAGAAAGCUCCACCUUAGCGUCAAUCCGCACCAACAGGAUUGUAGUGGCGUCCUCGUUAGCUGGCGACACCAAGGCUAUUGCUAUCUUAUCCAUAGGACCGCUUUCCUCUAACGAUGCCGAGUCGCCCUUGCUGCCUUGCCUUUCAUUAUCUCAGCCCGUCAAUGCCAAGGGACCAAUUAUCUCAUUGAACGUUCCAUCCAUCUACGCCCACAUAUCUAAACCGCAGCUUGAUAGCCUACAGUAUCUUGUUGAUGACUGCUCCCAGCUUGCUGAGCGAUUGUCGGGUAAGAAUGUAGAGGAUUCCGACACGGUGAAAAGUAUGGACACGAGUAUUAUUGGGAGCCGAUUCUUCGUAAAAUCAAGGACGGGAAGUGGGAGCGCAGUCAGUGCCGACAAUCGUUCGGAUGGUCUGCUUGUUAAAGUUGGAAUCAGUGAAGCGCUGGUGAGAAUUAUUUUGGCCGAUAAAGCCUCAGCAACCCUUCGCCCGUUUAAUAUCAAAGCUUCCGACGUAGAAGUUCUUGUUCAAUCUAAGCCUGGAGGCAAGGACGAAAGUCUCAUUACACUCACUGCAAGGGAGUUGGAUAUAAAUCAGUCUGCUGUCGCUGGUUCAACCGAAACAUUGUUGUCUUUGACAACGCCACGUGGACUAACAUCCUCACCACGCCCUUUACUCAAGUUUACGUUCUCAUCUCUAAUAUUACCCGGAACGACCGCCAAAGAAUCGAAGAUUCGGGCAACGCUGUGGGGGUUCACUUUCAAUCUAUCACCAAAUAUUCAGUGGAUUUCUGACUUGGGUCAUUUGGUCAAACCACCUCCCGGUGCAUUUGAAUCCGUGGUACCAACGGAAAAGACACACAUCUCUCUCAAGGUUCUCGAUGGAUCCAUUCGGUUGAUUGCUACAAGCCACCCCGGGGCGCUCGUUCUCCAUAUCGGUGCACUGGGUUUCUCCACCAGCUUAGUGGGUGGUUCUACUGAUCUCUCAUUGCAACUAUCCUUGUCCAACCUUGCUGCACUUAUGGUUGAUGAUCUCGCCGACACUGUGGCAAUCAGUGCCCAUAAGUAUACCGGCCUACAACUCUGGAAUAAAUCCGGUUAUGCGCUCUUGAGCGAGAUCUCCCAUUUGGACGUCAAGCUGAACACCAGGUCUCCGUCAAACCCGCCGCAAACAAGGGUGCUUGUUGAACGUGUUGGGCUUGCACUUCACCUUUGUGCGGAUUCCUUGUCCUCGGUCUCCGCUUUUGCCAAGGAUUUGGCCGAUGCCUUCAAACCCCCAUCCGAUCCUGAAGCAAACUCCAGCGCUCCGCAAACGAAGGCUCCUCCCGCCGUUGUUUCCCCCCCACCCUCAACCGAGAUUCUCUUAGCAUCAGUCGAUGACAUAGCUUUCAAUCGAGUCCCGGAAGUUGGACCACCCCCAGAUAUGAUUAAUGACGAUCUCCCCACUAACAUGGACUAUCUGGACGACUCGUUCGGUGCCGCCGCAGGAUUACGUGAGCUGGUGGAAGAAGACAUGGAAGAUUUCGACGUUGACGAUGCAUCAUUUGAUACCAAGGAUGCCCCCGGCGUAGUUUCCAAAGUAGGUGGUGAAACGAUUAAAAUGCUUCGUCCAGAAGGACUCCGUAUCAUCGAACAUCAUUUCGACACCCUUCCACCUGAAACGACGGACAUAGCAUCGCAGUUGGGAGUUAUUGUUACCCAAGUGCGCGUACACAAUGCUGAUAUCAACCUCCUUCUCUAUGACGGAUACGACUGGGUGCGAACUCGCCGGACGAUCGAAGACGAAGUUAGACAAAUGAGACGGCGACUGGCAAAGAUCCGCCAACUCGUUGCAGGUGGUCAGACGCAAGACCCGAGCUUUGAAGAAACUGGGGCCUUACUCUUCAACUCGGUGUACAUUGGCCUUAAUCAAGACGCUGACGAAUUUGAGCCUGCAGCAUUGAUUGCGGCGAUCGACGAAGAACUGAAGGAUGACCUCGAGACCGCAAGUCAAAGUUCAUGGCAAUCCCUUCGGCCGUCUUCUGGCAAUCAGCCUCGUGCUCGGUCUACCAAGGUCCAUGGCAAACGUUUAACGCGGGCAAAGGCACCAAGCGUCGAGUUUCAAAUCAUGGGUCUUGAUGCCGAAGUGGACCAAUAUCGACCCGAGGAAAAUAUCGUGUCGAGAACAUUUGUGACAGUGAAGGAUCUGGAAAUCCUCGACCGUAUGAGUACUUCGACGUGGAAUAAGUUCUUGUCGGAAAUGCGCUCUGAUUCGCGGGGAAAUGUGCGAGAGACGGACUCGAAUAUGGUGCGGGUGGAGUUGCGCAGCGUCAAGCCAGUUCCUGGGCAUGAUUCAGAAGAGGCAAGAUUGAAGGCUAAGAUUCUUCCCCUUCGACUUUAUGUCGACCAGGAUGCCCUUGAUUUCUUGAAAAAGUUCUUCAGCUUCAAAGAUCCUCAAGCAUCCCCGCCCCAAGAAGGGGACUCUAGUGGAGACAUCUAUUUUCAACUCGCAGAAAUUUUCCCUGUAGACCUGAAGCUCGAUUACAAGCCUCGCAGAGUCGACUACCGAGCGCUGAGGGAAGGACGAACAAUAGAACUGAUGAACUUCUUCCACUUUGAUGGUGCUGAAAUGACACUGAGGCACAUCACAUUGUCGGGUAUUACUGGAUGGCCACGUCUUUUUGACUUGCUGAACGAUAUCUGGACUCCAGAUGUCAAGGCCACCCAGCUUGUUGAUGUUAUCUCUGGCGUCGCGCCAAUCCGUUCGGUGGUGAAUGUUGGCUCUGGCGUUGCGGACCUCGUUCUCUUACCCAUCGCACAAUACAAGAAGGAUGGACGAAUUGUUCGCGGAGUUCAGAAAGGCGCAACAGCAUUUCUCAAGUCAACCGCCGUUGAAGCAAUCAAACUGGGUGCACGGCUUGCAACUGGGACUCAAGUUAUUCUGGAGCAAGCAGAAGACGUGCUUGGCGGUCAAUUCAAGGACCCAGUGACAACGGAAGCUGUUCAACCCAUUUCCGCCGACUACGUCGUUGAAAGCCAGAGCGACGAAGAAGAGGACGAAGACAUGCAUGAUGACCUCUUUAGCAAGUAUGCUGAACAGCCAGCUGACUUGAGGGAAGGAGUCCAGUCGGCCUACAAGAGUCUACAGCGCAACCUUCAUUCUGCCGCCCAAACCAUCCUUGCGGUGCCAAUGGAGGUUUAUGAGCGCUCUGGGACGGAAGGUCCAGUCCGGGCAGUUGUUCGAGCAGUACCAAUUGCGGUCCUCAAAUCAGGCAUUGGCGUCACGGAAGCUGUUAGCAAAACAAUGCUUGGGCUUCACAACACGUUGCAGCCAGACAUAAGGCAGGAGAACGAGGCCAAGUACAAACAGAAACAUAGAUCGUAG